UUUCUGGGCCCGACGCGUUUAAAAUUCGCGCCGAUGAAGCUCAGUCGGUAAUUUUACGUUUGACACGGUGACGCGUCGCCGUACGAGACGCCACGAGUGCGAUCUAAGCUGGCAACGGCGUUGUAGAAAGGUUAUGAAUGAAAAGACUUGUCGGAUCGUGUAUCCGAUACCCGGCCCAGCGUACCUGUUGAUCGGCAUCCAUUACCAUAUGGCAAGAGGUCAUAGCACCUUUUGCCCAAACCGCCAUCAAAAUGAUAACCCUUGCGAUGCGCAAUAUACACAGUGAUCUGAACAGAGUGCAAUCUACCGCGAACAAUCACAACAACAACAACAAUAAUGGUGACGAGUUCGUUGAUAUACUACAGGUUCAGCAAUUGCUGCUGGACGGGAAUCGUCGGGACCCGAUGGGUUUCCAAAAUCCCCAGCAAACGAUCCCGGGGAGGGUAAUGGACGGUAUAGGAGGGUCGGGACCACCCCCGUAUUACUACGGGAACCCGUACCAGGCACCGCCGGGAUCGGCUGGCACCAGCAUGGAGGAUCUGGUGGCCAUGUGGUUCUCUGGCGGACCUUCAACUUCAGGACUUCCAGAGGGCUCGCGUGGACAAAACGGUGACAAAAUGAUCAUGGACACUUUGGACACGCUGUCCAAUCAGCACCAUCAUCAUCAUCACCACCACCAUCACCACACGUCCGCGUUCCUGUUGACGGAAAGUGCGGCGGCCGCGGCCGCCGCUCACCACUUCAACGUGUUGAGUUUCGACACUUGUCUCUAUAAGACGGGCAGUAGCGUGAGCAGCGGCGGAAGCCCGACGCCGGCGUCGGUGUGCACGUCGGUCGACGAGCCGCUCGUGCCCGAAGCUCAACCGGGCGACCUUAACACCCCCGUGACCACCUCGGGGGACGCCCCCUCCUUUUUCGGACCGAGCACCGUAGUCGAACCACCCCCGAUCACAGGUACCUUAGACCCGGAAGAGCUCACAUCAAUCGAUCCCCAGCAGAGUCGAAACUCGCCCCAUCAGUCACCUUCGAGCACCCAUUUAGCGGACAGGGUGACGCCUCAAGCAUCAGCGCUCUCACCCAAAGAGGAGAACAGCAACAGCGCGUUAAGCACGAUGUAUCCCCAUCACUCGUCGACGAGUAACAACAUGGGUAAGAUCCAGCACAGGGGAGUGUACACCUCAGCCGGGUCGCCCAGUAUGCAAAGUACAAUCCACAUGCAGCCCCAGAGCCCUUUGGGACUGAGCAGCCAAAACAUGGGACACAGUCCUUCGGCAGUAAAUCAAUGGUUGCUAUCGAGCGGUGAUAAACCUAUUUACCCUUCGAUGUUUGGACUGUUGCAAGGGACAAGUCAGAGUCCCCAACAGUACCCAUCGGCUACACCUUCUCCCGCCGGUACCCAGUACGACGACAGGAAUACCGAUCAAUUAAUGCUCACCAUGGAGUGCAGCCCUAGUUUAACGUUGAAACAGCCACCCAGUUAUCCGAGCUGUACCAGCACGUCGUUGCAAUUGGAAAUGCAGCAGCCCGACUUGGUGUACUCGCGUGUGGCUCAGCCUUUAGUGUCCUCGACGAAGUAUCAGUGGGAAACGCAAGACUAUGGCUCUUCGCAGGGCUCGGUGGUUCCGGGACCCAGUUCUUUAGUGCCAAAACAAGAACCAUUCACAUCGUCGUGCGGUGCGGAGAUGCAGCAAGGUGGAUCACCGUACGGUACCGUUCAGCUCGCCGAGUACAACCCUUCCACGUCCAAGGGUCACGAAAUCUUGUCCCAAGUGUACCAACAAAGUCCGGUACCGCUCAAAUUGGUACCGGUGAAACCGAGAAAGUACCCCAACAGGCCCAGCAAGACUCCGGUACACGAAAGGCCGUACGCGUGUCCUGUCGAGAAUUGCGACAGGCGAUUUUCGAGGUCGGACGAGUUGACCAGGCAUAUCAGGAUCCACACCGGACAAAAACCGUUCCAAUGCCGGAUCUGUAUGCGCAGCUUUUCGAGGUCCGACCAUCUCACGACGCAUAUACGCACGCAUACGGGAGAGAAGCCGUUUUCCUGCGACGUCUGCGGCAGGAAGUUCGCCAGGAGCGACGAAAAGAAGAGGCACGCAAAGGUCCACCUCAAGCAACGAAUGAAGAAAGAAAGUAAGCUCUCCGGCGGCGGCGGUUCAUCGUCAGCCGCCAUCAGCACGACCUCCAGUUCUUCCCCCUCCCUCGUGCAAUCCUCUCCGUCCACAUCACAUCACGCUCACCAGCACCACCACCACCACCAUCACAUGCACCCCCAUCAUAUGCCCAGUCACACGGUGACCAGCGGCGGCUCGACAGACGACAACGGGAUCGGAAGCUUGGGGGGCGGCGGUCUGUGAGAAUUGGCCAACGCCGAUCACCUGCCGAUCGGCGAUUGUUUUCUGUUAAUACAAGACGACUGUGAUUUGGCGAACGACGAGUCGCCUAGGAUAGUUUUUAUACAAAUCGACGAGAUCGCGACGGCGCCGCUGAUGCCGGGCGCCGUCGACGAGGAUAGCGUCGAUAGAGAUGAAGCAGAGAAAGAAGAGUCGACCAUACCUGAAGAUGAUCUCCAUACGUAGUGGAUAGGUGACGAGGAAAAGUUGUCGUCGAAGAAAAACGGGCAAGUCUGGUGCUUUGGUUUGUUGAC